UGCUGCUAUUCUCAAGGUAUGUGUGGUGCGUAAGAGUCGUGUUGUAUAAUUUUGUCAUAAGUGUUUACUGUGUUAUUGUGAAUUUAAUACUUUAACGACAUGCAUCGUUCAUCUUACGUAUUAUUUUGUUUUAUACUUAUUCUUUGUAAUAUAUCGCCCCUAUUAUCGAAAAGAACUUUUGGUGGUGGAAGACAUUCAUAUCCAAAGUCGGGCGGCUUGUCCGGUGUUGGCGGAAGCCAUUCCUAUCCUUCGGGAGGUCAUGGAUAUCCAUCAGGAAAUAGUCACGGGUAUCCCUCAUCAGGAGGAUUAUCAGGAAAUAGUCGGGGAGGAGGGUAUCCUGGCGGUGGAUCGCAAUCUCAUCCUUCAGGAGGCAUGAGUCAUGGUUACCCAUCACAAAGUAAUUCUCACCAAUACCCCGGAGGGAAGGGAUUGUCAGGUAACUCCCCAGGAUAUUCAGGUGCUGGUCAUACGACAAAUGUGCAUUAUCAUUACAACUACAAUCCCCCUCAGCAAAUAAGGUAUACACCCGCACAUGGUGGUCCCCCUAUGAGUUACCCUGUAUACAGACAUGCUCCCCCAACUUACGUUUAUCAAUAUAAGGAUUCUGGAAGUAAAUAUGGAACGCUAUUGGCUGGUCUGGCGCUGUUGAACCUUGGCACACUCGGCGUCAGUGCAUAUGCAGCUAGUAAAAGUCAUUCAAACUAUAAACCACAACCGGGUGAAGUGUGUAAAUUUGGUUUGAAAAAAGAGAAUGGUGACUAUGAGGAGACAAAAAUCGACUGCCAAUUAAUUACUAGUUUUAUAUUCCAAGAAGAGGCCAAAACACAAAGCGGAGGUACGAACACCACAACAAUUACAACAGUGACAAAUGUUACAACUGUUAACAUGACAAAUGGCUCUGAGUCAUCUCCAGCACCACCAACAAACGUAAAAACUCUGUAUGAAAUGUUACCCAAUGGGACACUAGUACCUAUAAAUAUUACAACUAAUGAAACAGUUGUGAAUAAUACCUCAUCAAAUGAUGGGUUAGCAUCAACAUCUUCGGUCACAAUAACAACUACUAACACUACAACUGUGACAAACGCCUUAGAUGUUAAAGGGAAGCCGGUUGAUGUGACCCCCGGAAUGAAAUGCUAUGUAAUAAGACACACACCAUCAUCAAACAUGAAGAGAUCUGUACCUUGUGGUUUGUUGCAGUCAUAUGCCGAGCAAUCAUUAAAAAAGAACUCGGCAAAUAGAAAUAUCCCAGCUCUGGUGAUUUUGAGUAUUUUUGUGGCAGCCAUAUCUGUAUAUUAAAUGAGCUUUCUACCGUUUCUUAAUGAUGUAUUAUAUUUUUAAUUUAUAUAAAUUUAUCUUUUGUAAUGUUAAUCUUUACAACUUUUCACAGAUAUUACUAUAAGCACUGUUUUGAAUCUUCCAAAAAUUUAUUUAGCUUGUAAGUUGUGAGAGGCCUUAGGUAUGCCGUCCAUAUAUACAAAAGAGGAAGUGGUGAAAAGAUUACACACAUUAUAUAUGAAUGUUUGAUGAAGGACCCUCAAUAAUCAUCACAAGAAUUAUAUAGAAACUUAAGCCGCUUUUUAUAUUUCUUGUGUAUAAAUUGUGAUAUUUUAUGUCUGUCUAUUUUAAUAAAAUAUGUUAUAUUUUUGAAAA